AUGUCUCCCGCUGCUGUCGCGCGCCUCGUUGCCGUAUCCGCCCUCGCUCUGAGUGCCGCCGCCGCUCCGACGACAACAAUCUCAGCCGCACCCGACGCCGGCUCCGAGACCGCUGACGCUUUCCCCCCGACCGGCACCGCUGUCAAUUCAUCCUUGUUUCCCCCGGAGAGCGAAGUGGGCUUUCCUGGCCCCACUCCCACUGGUCUCGAACCUGCCGCAGCACAGACGGCACCAGCCUACCCAUACAACGAAGGCGACGCCAACCAAUUCCCACUCAUCAAUCCUCAGCCGCAUGGAAGCGAUGCCGAGUCUAACUUUGACAUCAGCAAAUACUGGGGCAACCUCUCACCGUGGUACAGUCUGCGUUCCGCCGACUACGGCUUGCCCGAUGCAGAUCCAUUGAUUCCUCAUGGUUGCGACAUCACCCAGUUGCACCUGCUCUACCGUCAUGGCGCCAGGUACCCCACCAGCGACGCAGCUCCCCAAACGUUUGCUCAAAAAGUUGCGAAUGCCACCGAGACCGGCUUCGCUGUGUCUGGCGAGCUCGCGUUCCUCGGAAACUGGACCUACAAGCUAGGCGCCGAGCUCCUCACCCCUUUCGGACGCAGUCAAAACUUCCUCUUGGGCGUCGCCUACAGACAAUUGUACGGGCAACUGCUCAACAACUUCACAGAAGCAGGCACUCUGCCUGUCUUCCGUACACAGUCGCAAGACCGCAUGGUGAAGACGGCUGAGAACUUUGCUGCCGGCUUUUUCGGUGUGCCUGAAUAUCUUGAUCAGGUCAACAUCGAAAUUCUGGUCGAGAACUCUACCGUGAAUAACUCUGGCGCUCCAUACGAGGUUUGCCCCAAUUCCAACAUCAAGGCUCGAGGCAGCAUCGGUAGCACCGUCGCUGCACAGUUCGCCAACAAUGCCUUCAACGCUACCAUCGCUCGGCUCCAGCCGCAGGUCUCGGGUAUCAAUUUCACGUCUACCGAUGCCAUUGCUAUGCUUCAACUCUGCUCGUAUGAGACCCACGCUCUCGGAUAUUCUGCCUUCUGCGACCUGUUCAGCCAAGAAGACUUCCUGAACUAUGAGUACUACUACGAUCUGUCUUUCUACUAUAAUAACGGUCCUGGUUCUCCGGUGGCUGCGGCUCAAGGCAAGGGCUUCCUAGAUGAGUUCCUUGCGCGUUUCACGGGAAAAUAUCCCCAAGCGAACUCGGCACUGAACGAGACCUUCGACAACACAUCGACGUACUUCCCGCUCAACCAGUCCAUCUAUGCGGAUGCUACGCAUGAGGUUGUCGUCCUCGAUACGCUGACCGCAUUUAACCUGACCGCUUUGUUCGACGGCCCGCCACUCAGUGCCAAGGGUAACCGCGGCCAGAACAGCUUUGUAGCGAGCAAGAUCGUGCCCUUCGCCACGCAUUUCACCACUCAAAUCCUGUCUUGUCCUGCCUACCAGCCAACCAAGCAGAUCCGUUUCAUCGUCAACGACGCCGUCAUCCCCAUCAGCCACUACCCCGGCUGUCCCGAGGAUCCAAACGGUCUCUGCUCCUUUGACAACGUCGUUUCAGUCCUCCAAAACCGAAGCAGUGAGAUCGACUUCAACUACGACUGCUUCGCCAAUUACACCGCUGCUCCGGGUAUGGACUACAACGGCCGUGCACCAAGGUCUUAG